GUUGCUAAAUUUUAGCUUUCCAUUUGAGGAUGCUACACUUAAGCACUGUGCUAAAGUUUAGCACAGGAUAUCCAAACAGGACCUUCGUUCAAUGGCGCCUCUUAGUAUUUCCACGCAAUAAUCUUCUAGCAUGGGAACCAAAUUAAAGGUCGUUCUCUUUUGCCUGUCCUGCUUGUCUUCUCAGACUAGAAGCUGUCAUCAGAACCUUCUUGACCCCUUCCUGAUUGAUUACAAAAUUGCUGCCCUCUUCCCCUCUCCCUUCCCCCGUCCGUCUCUGCUACUCCGCCGGCCCCGCUGCGCCGUCCUCCUUGGACCCGUCACGCGAAGGAAGAAGGUAGUAAGAUGGCCGACAAGGACGAUGGUCCUGCCAUCGGGAUCGACCUGGGGACGACCUACUCCUGCGUCGGAGUCUGGCAUCACGGCCGCGUCGUGAUCGUCACCAACGACCAAGGCAACCUAACCACACCAUCCUGCGUCGCCUUCACCGACUCCGAGCGCCUCGUCGGGGAUCCCGCCAAGAACCAGGUCGCCAGGAACACAAGCAAUACAGUCUUCGAUGCCAAGCGGCUCAUUGGUAGGAGAUUCGGUGAUGAAUCUGUCCAGGCUGACAUUAAGCUCUGGCCCUUCAGAGUCAUUUCUGGACCUGGAGACAAGCCUAUGAUUGUUGUUCAAUACAAGGGCAAGGAGAGGAAGUUUUCUGCUGAAGAGAUAUCCUCAAUGCUUCUCAUCAAAAUGAGGGAGAUUGCAGAAGCCUACCUUGGCACCACCAUCAAGAACGCUGUCGUCACUAUCCCUGCAUGCUCCACCGACUCGCAGAGGCAGGGAACCAGGGAUGCCGGAGCGCUCGCUGGUCUCAACAUUAUCCGUAUCAUCCCUGAGCCGACUGCUGCUGCCAUGGCUUAUGGUCUUGACAAGAAGGCCACUAGUAGCGGUGAGGAGAAUGUUCUCAUCUUCGACCUUGGUGGUGGUACCUUUGAUGUCUCUGUUCUUACCAUCGAGGAGGGAAUCUUUGAGGUCAAGGCCGUAGCUGGUGACACUCACCUUGGAGGUGAGGACUUUGACAACAAGAUGGUCAACCACUAUGUUCAGCAGUUCAAGAGAAAGAAGAAGAAGGACAUCAGUGAUGACCCCAGGGCUCUCAGGAGGCUUAGGACAGCCUGCGAGAGGGCCAAGAGGACCCUCUCCUCAACUGCGCAAGCCACCAUUGAGAUCGACUGCCUGUAUGAAGGAAUCGAUUUCUACUCAACCAUCACCCGUGCCUUGUUCGAGCAGCUCAACAUGGCUCUCUUCAGGAAGUGCAUGGAGCCUGUGGAGAAGUGCCUCAGGGAUGCUAGAAUGGACAAGAGCUCCAUUCAUGAUGUUGUGCUUGUUGGUGGCUCCUCUAGAAUUCCAAGGGUUCAGCAGCUUCUCCAGGACUUUUUCAAUGGGAAGGAGCUUUACAAGAGCAUCAACCCUGACGAGGCUGUUGCCUACGGAGCUGCUGUCCAGGCUGCCAUCUUGACAGGACAGAACUAUGACAAUGAGAAUUCAAAGAUUAUCGACCUCCUUUUGUUGGAUGUUACUCCUAUUUCUCUUGGUUUGGAGACACUAGGUGGUGUCAUGUCUGUGCUGGUUCCAAGAAACACCACCAUCCCCAUCAAAAAGGAGAUGGUAUUAAAUGAAAAACAGAUGAUCUUAUCUACCGACUCCAACCAGACUACCAUCCAUAUCCAGGUCUACGAGGGUGAGAGGACCAGAACUCGUGACAACAACCUGCUGGGCAGGUUCGAGUUCUGCGUUCCUUCUGCACCCAGCGGUGUUCCACAGCUCACUGUUACCUUCGAUCUGGACGUCAACGGUAUCCUGGUCGUAUCUGCUGAGGACAAAACCACUGGCAAGAAGAAGAAGAUAACCGUCAACAAGAGAUUUUAUAUUACAAAGUGAGAUCUCUUGUAGAGUAAUGAUUACGUAAUCAGUAAUUACUGUAGAAAAUAAUUAUUUAAUCAGAAACUAUGACGGUAUCCUGGAGUGAUCAGUACUGUAACGUGGUUAAGAUGUGCAAAACUUCGUAACUUUGUUGUUAUUGGGAUAUGAAUAAUUCAGAUUUGCCUCUUGU